GUUAUUUUCUUUGCAGUUUGGCUGUGAUGUUGAUGUUUUCUUCCUUUGUUUUUGACCCACAUUUACUAUUAGCAUCAAAUCUACAACUUUGCCUUCUCAGAACUUUCCAAGCUUAUAUAUUUGGAGCUUUGCUUCCACCCUUUUGUGCGUUGUCUUCGUUUGAAAUGUAAAACAAACCAAAAGGGCUGUCUUUGAUUGGAUUUAGUUGUCCAAUGCCACUCUCUUUCUGAAUAUUUCUCUGCAUUUUUCAUCUGGGUUUCAAGAUUUGGGUUGUCGGUUCUUCCAAGCCCACCUCAGUCACCUUGGUAAUGGUCUGACUUUUGUAGGUCUUGUCUUGGUUUCCUGACUGCACUUUGAGAUUUGGUAUCUUUGGCAUUCAAGAAAGUGAAACCAUGGAAGAGACGUUUGUACCAUUUCGCGGAAUUAAGAAUGAUCUUCAAGGGAGAAUGAUGUGUUACAAGCAAGAUUGGACUGGUGGUUUCAAGGCAGGCUUCAGGAUUUUGGCGCCCACCACUUAUAUCUUUUUUGCAUCCGCUAUUCCGGUUAUUUCAUUUGGAGAACAAUUGGAAAGAGAUACAGGUGGGGUUCUCACAGCAGUUCAAACAUUAGCAUCUACGGCUUUGUGUGGAAUUAUACACUCGAUUCUUGGGGGUCAGCCUUUGCUGAUUCUCGGAGUUGCUGAACCAACUGUGAUUAUGUACACGUUUAUGUUCAAUUUUGCCAAAAAUAGACCAGAGUUGGGAUCAAAGCUCUUUUUAGCAUGGAGUGGAUGGGUGUGCGUCUGGACUGCAGCAUUGCUGUUUAUGCUGGCUAUAUUAGGGGCUUGCUCCAUCAUAAACAGAUUCACUCGUCUUGCAGGAGAGUUAUUUGGCCUUCUCAUUGCAAUGCUCUUCAUGCAGGAAGCUAUAAAAGGACUUGUUCAUGAGUUCCGCAUACCUGAAAGAGAAAACCCAAACUCAGUUCAAUUUCAACCUUCAUGGAGAUUUGCAAAUGGGAUGUUUGCUUUGGUUCUGUCAUUUGGCCUUCUACUUACUUCAUUAAGAAGCAGAAAAGCAAGGUCUUGGCGUUAUGGAUCUGGAUGGCUACGAGGUUUCAUAGCAGAUUAUGGCGUUCCAUUGAUGGUAUUGAUCUGGUCUGCUAUUUCCUAUAUACCUGCUGGAAAUGUCCCAAAAGGAAUUCCAAGGCGCCUCUUCAGUCCAAAUCCUUGGUCACCAGGGGCAUACGAGAAUUGGACUGUCAUCAAGGACAUGCUGAAUGUGCCGGUGCUUUUUAUAUUUGGAGCUUUCAUUCCGGCAACAAUGAUUGCAGUGUUGUACUAUUUUGACCACAGUGUGGCUUCCCAACUUGCUCAGCAGAAGGAAUUCAAUUUGAGAAAACCACCUUCAUUCCAUUACGAUCUACUUCUCUUAGGGUUCAUGGUCAUAAUAUGUGGUCUCUUAGGCAUUCCUCCAUCCAAUGGUGUCAUACCACAAUCUCCAAUGCAUACAAAAAGUUUGGCCACACUGAAGCACCAGUUACUUCGCAAUCGACUUGUAGCGACAGCAAGGAGAUGUAUUAGAAACAAUGCCAGCUUGGAACAAGUAUAUGGAAGCAUGCAAGAAUCAUAUCAACAGAUGCAAACCCCACUAGCAUACCAGGAACCUUCAGCUCGGGGAUUAAAUGACUUGAAAGAUUCAACUGUUCAAAUGGCUUCAAGCAUGGGUGACAUAGAUGCCCCAGUUGAUGAGACAGUGUUUGAUGUUGAGAAGGAGAUCGAUGAUUUAUUGCCUGUUGAGGUGAAAGAGCAGCGGCUUAGCAACUUGCUUCAAGCUACAUUUGUAGGAGGAUGUGUUGCGGCCAUGCCUUUUCUUAAAAUGAUCCCAACGUCAGUACUCUGGGGUUAUUUUGCCUUUAUGGCUGUUGAGAACUUACCGGGUAACCAAUGUUGGGAGAGGAUUCUACUGCUCUUCACUGCCCCAACUAGAAGAUACAAAGUACUUGAGGAAUACCACGCCACCUUCGUCGAAACAGUACCAUUCAAGACAAUUGCAGCUUUAACUAUUUUCCAAACUGCUUACUUGCUUGUUUGCUUCGGAAUUACAUGGGUUCCUACUGCUGGGGUUCUUUUCCCAUUAAUGAUCAUGCUUCUGGUUCCCGUUAGACAGUACAUUUUGCCCAAGUUCUUCAAAGCCGCACACCUGCAGGAUUUAGAUGCCGCAGAGUAUGAAGAGGCACCUGCUUUACCAUGCAACCAGGCAACUGAGCGGGAGAUGAGUAGGACAGCGUCAUUCGCAGACGAAGGAGAGAUUUUGGAUGGGAUGAUUACUAGAAGCCGGGGCGAGAUCAGGCAUGUGUGCAGUCCUAAAGUGGCAAAUUCACCAACAGCAUCAUCCAAGGAAUUCAAAAGUAGUCUGAGCUUCUCGGACAAGGUAAUCAGUCCUCGUCUAAGCCAGCUGAGAGGCGAUCAAAGUCCUCGGGGUGUCGGAAAAGGGCCAUUUAGUCCAAGGAGCGGAGAGCCAAAAUCAUCUAACUUACGGAAGAGCGGCUGAAGCUUAGAACUCAGAUAUAAAUAGAACAAGUAUUUGCCUGCAGAUUACUGUCAAAUUACUACAAGAGUAGAAUGGCAUUUUCCCCUGCUUUUACUCGACGCAAUUUCUAAAUUUGGGAGAAGAUUUGUAAGUUGUAACGAACUCCAUUCAUAACAGUGUUAAAUAUGAAGAGAUAUUACACUUAUAUCAUUUCUAGCCAAA